GCGGGGGCGAGGCCGGCGCCGGAAGAAGGGUUCUGUUCCGGGCCGCGCGGUGUCAUGGAGUCGCUGUGGCGGCUGAAGCGGUUCGAUGCUUUUCCUAAGACCCUAGAAGAUUUUCGGGUUAAGACGUGCGGGGGAGCGCUGGUGACGGCAGUUAGCGGGCUCAUCAUGGUGCUGCUUUUCUUCUCGGAGCUGCAAUACUACCUCACCAAGGAGGUUCAUCCAGAAUUAUACGUUGACAAAUCAAGGGGAGAUAAACUGAAGAUCAAUCUAGAUGUUAUUUUCCCACAUAUGCCUUGUGCUUAUUUGAGCAUUGAUGCAAUGGAUGUAGCAGGAGAGCAGCAGCUGGAUGUAGAGCACAAUCUGUUUAAACAACGUUUGGAUAAAGCUGGGAAUCGUGUUACUCCAGAGGCUGAGAGACAUGAGCUGGGAAAAGAGGAAGAAAAAGUGUUUGAUCCAAAUUCUUUGGAUGCUGAUCGCUGCGAGAGCUGUUAUGGGGCAGAGUCAGAGGACAUUCGGUGUUGUAAUACUUGUGACGAUGUCAGAGAAGCAUACAGGCGGCGAGGCUGGGCCUUCAAGAACCCAGAUAGCAUAGAGCAGUGCAAGAGGGAAGGGUUUAGCCAGAAAAUGCAAGAGCAGAAGAAUGAGGGCUGCCAAGUGUAUGGUUUCCUAGAGGUCAACAAGGUAGCUGGAAAUUUUCACUUUGCACCAGGAAAAAGUUUUCAACAGUCUCAUGUACAUGUUCACGAUCUGCAGAGCUUCGGACUUGAUAAUAUCAAUAUGACGCACUAUAUCAAACAUCUCUCAUUUGGAAGGGAUUAUCCAGGCAUUGUGAACCCUCUGGAUGGGACAGCCAUCACUGCACAGCAAGCUUCCAUGAUGUUUCAAUAUUUUGUCAAAGUGGUCCCCACUGUGUAUAGGAAAGUAGAUGGUGAAGUGGUAAGAACUAACCAGUUCUCAGUUACACGACAUGAGAAAAUAGCAAAUGGGCUACUGGGAGACCAGGGUCUGCCUGGUGUCUUUGUGCUGUAUGAGCUUUCACCCAUGAUGGUGAAGCUGACAGAGAAACACAGGUCCUUUACUCACUUUCUCACUGGAGUUUGUGCCAUUGUUGGAGGCAUAUUUACAGUUGCCGGUUUCAUUGACUCCUUGAUCUAUCACUCAGCACGUGCCAUCCAGAAGAAGAUUGAACUUGGGAAGACAACAUAAAUAAGCAAUGGCUUAUUAUCAACCCAUUAAAAACAAACAAACAAAAAAACAAUCAGACAAAAGCAAACAAAACAAAGGAACCCCCCCAAGCCUCCAAGGAGAACUGAGCAGGCUCUUUGAAGCACAAGUGAUCUUCUGAGAGUGCACAGGAGAAGAGGUUUGCAACUUCCAUAUGGCCCUAACCACUCGUAUGUUACUGUGCCCUGAUUCUUUGGCCUUAGUUUGUGGAUGGAACAACUUGAACCUUGCUGCUAUAAAGAUUAGCUAUCAUAUCAUAAUUAGCUACCAUAUUAGCUCUGCAGGCCCUACUGUCACACUCUUUUUGUGUCAGUCCAUAUUCCUCCAGUUCUAUUCCCCUUCCCAACAGAGAUGCUGGAGAUGCCGCAUUGUUUGCCUCUAGGAAUAAUGUACUUUAUUGUCAAGAGACCUGUAAUGGAUUGAAGUUGCCAUCAAAUAAGCUUUCUAGCAACACCAUCAGGGAUUUUUAAUUUUUCCAUAAAAUGUUUCUGGGUGCACUGAUGCUGUAUGUCAGAUCUCCAUAAAAAUGUGCUGAAUCACAUCUAUCGCCUUCCAGCCAUCCUGGGCUGUAUGGGUAGCCUAAGCAUUUGGGAUGUACUUUCUGUGCUGGGGUAGCUCCCAGUUGUUCUUCUUUUGAGAAAUGCAAGUUGAUGUUUCAGAAAAAAAAAGGUGUCUGGAAUUUUAAGUGAUUUUUUAAUUGGAUUUUUUUUUCAUUUCCCCUUGGUAUAUAUUUUCAAAUAAAGUCCAUCCUCUCUUGUUCUAGUAAGGCAUAUGGAAGAAUAAUUAAAUUAUUUGAACUAGUCCUGAUACUGAAUUGGAAACAAGGAUUAAAAGACACAUUGCAUUGUGGCAAAGUAUGUAGAGAUUGUGAUGAUGAUGGGGCCUUUUUAGUUAAAUUAUUACACAAGUGAGUAAAGUGCUUGGUGUCUGAAACUAUAUUGGGAGAAAUUUUUAAAUAAUGAGGAAAAAAUGUGUGAAUUAUUGCCUAUUUGAUGUAAAACAGAUUGAUUACUCUUAAAUCUCAGAUCUGGAUUUGCUUUGGUAUGACUCUAAUAUUGGUCCAAGCAAUUGGACAGGGACAGGAUCAGAUACUGCAGAGAGGAAGCUGUUUUAUAAUUUAUUUUAAAGCAGGUUUUGCUAGGUGGUUUGGUUUUUUAAUUAAUUUGACUUACCUAUAAACCGGAGAGUCUAAAAACUGCUGUUUUUUCAGCUGGGGAGAGAAGCAAUUUGUGGUGUGGGUAAGGAGAAUUAUUAUCUUCAAGCAAGAAUGUUGAAAUGCAGGUUUGUUUUAAAUGUAUUUUUUUACAAAGCUUAUUUAAUGAAUCCAGUGGGUCAGGAUCACAUAGUACUACUACAGCCUGAGGAAUGGAACACAGUAUCUGUACGUUUCUCAGGAUCAAAAGGUGACCUGAACAGCUUCAAGUGCUCAUCAGUGCAUUUCAGCUUUGUAACUAAAUUUAUAGGAAUAGUAGGAGAGAGGAGAUAAAAGGAAGUAAUGCAGCAAGAAUUUAACCCAUAGUGAAACAGUUAUCACUGUUUCCUGUCAAGGACUGGCUUGUCCUUGAUAGGAAAGUCAAUUGCUUAUAAACUGGACAAGCAUUGGAGAUUAUUGCCCAGAGCAGACCUGAGGAUCUAAAGAAAGGUGAAGGGAAGGUGAAGGCGCAAUGCUUGUACUCAUCAUGGGAAACUGGAAAUAGUGGAGAGAAGAAAUCAAAGACACCAACAUGGAGAUUCUAUCUGGAGAGACAGAAAAUUAAUGAAGUUAAUAGUUAAGUAAUACAGGUUUCUGCUAUCAGUAGGGAGGAUAUGAGUCCAAGAGUGCUGGUGAUUUUAAUAGACUGAAAGCCCAAGUGACUAAGAAUCAUGAUAAAGCUGAGUCUGAAUCAAGGAUGUUAGUGAUUGAAAGUGAUAAAAGACAUCCUGCUAACCCUGCUCUGGAGGACAAAAACCUUUGGGGAGCUCAGUCCCCAGGGUCUGCAGUCUUGAUCUGCAGGGGGGUCAUGUUCUACAGGGAUGCCUUUUCAAAGUUGUAAGGGGUCAAAAAGGAAAGGAAAUGGUGGUUCAUGUGUUUUCAAAGUUUAUUCAACAUAAGAUCAUUUCAAAUGUGUUGGAUUCUGUUGUCUUCUGUCACCAUGUUUGAUUUUUCCCUUCUUAUUCUUCCUUGAUACAAUUUAAAAAUAUUCCUUUAGUUAAGGACUGUAAAAAUAAAAGUCUUAGUAAAAGA